CGCCCGAGCCGAGCCGAGCCCGAGCACCGCGCGGGGCGGCGGGCGCGGAGGAUGCGGCCGGGGCCGCGGGGCCGCCGCCGCUGACCGCGCGCACGGGGCGCUCGGGCGCAGCCUCAUCGCCGCGCCAUGGGGAAGGAGCAGGAGCUGGUGCAGGCGGUGAAGGCGGAGGACGUAGGCACCGCGCAGCGGCUGCUGCAGAGGCCGCGGCCCGGGAAGGCCAAGCUCCUGGGUUCCACCAAGAAGAUCAACGUCAACUUCCAGGACCCAGACGGCUUCUCUGCUCUACACCAUGCGGCCCUGAAUGGCAACACAGAGCUGAUUGCCCUGCUGCUAGAGGCCCAGGCCGCCGUGGACAUCAAGGACAAUAAAGGCAUGCGGCCCCUACACUAUGCGGCCUGGCAGGGCCGGAAGGAGCCCAUGAAGCUGGUGCUGAAGGCGGGCUCAGCCGUGAACGUCCCCUCGGAUGAGGGCCAUAUCCCCCUGCACCUGGCGGCCCAGCACGGGCACUACGAUGUGUCCGAGAUGCUGCUGCAGCAUCAGUCCAACCCCUGCAUGGUGGACAACUCAGGCAAGACUCCGCUCGACCUGGCCUGUGAGUUCGGCCGCGUCGGGGUGGUACAGCUACUCCUGAGCAGUAACAUGUGUGCAGCCUUGCUUGAGCCUCGGCCCGGAGAUGCCACAGACCCCAAUGGCACCAGUCCCCUGCACCUGGCGGCCAAGAAUGGCCACAUAGACAUCAUCAGACUCCUCCUCCAAGCGGGCAUUGACAUCAACCGCCAGACCAAGGCGGGCACGGCUCUGCACGAGGCAGCACUGUGCGGCAAGACCGAGGUCGUGCGGCUGCUGCUGGAGAAUGGCAUCAACGCCCAUGUGAGGAACACCUACAGCCAGACUGCGUUGGACAUCGUGCAUCAGUUCACAGCCUCGCAGGCCAGCAAGGAGAUAAAGCAGCUCCUGAGAGAGGCCUCGGCGGCUCUGCAGGUGCGGGCGACCAAGGAUUAUUGCAACAACUACGACCUGACCAGCCUCAACGUGAAGGCCGGGGAUAUAAUCACAGUCCUCGAGCAACACCCGGAUGGGCGAUGGAAGGGCUGUAUCCAUGAUAACAGGACAGGCAACGACCGCGUGGGCUACUUCCCAGCCUCCCUGGGCGAGGCCCUGCUGAAGCGAGCAGGUUCCCGAGCAGGGGCUGAGCCCAGUCCACCCCAGGGAGGCAGCUCGUCGGGGCCCUCUGCACCUCCAGAGGAGAUCUGGGUGCUGAGGAAACCUUUUGCAGGCGGGGACCGCAGUGGCAGCGUGAGUGGCGGGGCCGGGGGCCGAAGCACCGGGGGCCACGCCCUGCACGCGGGUGCUGAAGGGGUCAAGCUCCUGGCCACUGUGCUCUCCCAGAAGUCCGUCUCCGAGUCCAGUCCCGGGGACAGCCCUGUCAAGCCUCCGGAGGGCUCCGCAGGUGCCGCCCGAUCGCAACCUGCAGGGACCCGUGCUGGGCAGGUCUAUGCAGAACAGUCACCCAAGAAGCUGGAGCCUUCGUCAGAGGGCAAGAGCGCCGAGGCCGUCAGCCAGUGGCUCGCCACUUUCCAGCUGCAGCUCUACGCCCCCAACUUCGUGGGCGCGGGCUACGACCUGCCUACCAUCAGCCGCAUGACCCCUGAGGACCUCACCGCCAUUGGGGUCACCAAGCCAGGUCACCGGAAGAAGAUCACAGCCGAGAUCGGCGGCCUCAGCGUGCCCGACUGGCUGCCCGAGCACAAACCCGCUAACCUGGCCGUGUGGCUGUCGAUGAUCGGCCUGGCCCAGUACUACAAGGUGCUGGUGGAGAACGGCUAUGAGAACAUUGAUUUCAUCACGGACAUCACCUGGGAAGACCUGCAGGAAAUUGGCAUCACCAAGCUGGGACACCAGAAGAAGCUGAUGCUGGCAGUGCGGAAACUAGCAGAGCUGCAGAAGGCAGAGUACGCCAAGUAUGAGGGGGGGCCCCUGCGCCGGAAGGCACCCCAGUCCCUUGAAGUGAUGGCCAUUGAGUCGCCGCCGCCGCCUGAGCCUGCUCCUGUGGACUGUCAGUCUCCGAAGAUGACCACCUUUCAGGACAGCGAACUCAGCGGCGAGCUGCAGGCGGCCCUAACCGGCCCUGCUGAGGGCGCGGCCGCUGCCGCCCCCAACCACCUGCCGCCAACCCCCAGGGCUGCGGGGCGCCCGGAGCCCAGCCUGGGGGGGCGGGCACGGCAUAUGAGCAGCUCCCAGGAGCUGCUGGGCGACGGACCGCCGGGGCCUGGCAGCCCCCUGUCCCGGAGCCAGGAGUACCUGCUGGAUGAGGUGCCAGCCCCCAGCACCCCACCCAAGGAGGCUCGGCCCAGCCGCCAUGGCCACAGCAUGAAGAGGGCCAGCGUGCCCCCAGUGCCCGGCAAGCCACGGCAGGUCCUCCCGCCUGCUGCCAGCCACUUUACGCCCCCCCAGACACCCACAAAGGGGCAGCCAGGCUCCCCCCAGGCGCUGAGGGCAGCUCACACUCCAGCGCCAGCUACUGCGAAGGUGAAGCCCACCCCCCAGCUGCUGCCCCCCUCUGAGCGGCCCAUGUCUCCCCGCUCGCUGCCGCAGUCACCCACUCACCGGGGCUUUGCCUACGUGCUGCCUCAGCCCGUGGAGGGUGAGGCGGGGCCACCUCCGCCCGCGCCCGUGCCCACGCUGUGCCUGCCCCCAGACACCGACACAGAGCAAGGGCGGCCCAAGAAGCGCGCCCACAGCCUGAACCGCUACGCAGCAUCUGACAGCGAGCCUGAGCGGGACGAGCUGCUGGUGCCCAAUGCCGCUGGGCCCUACGCCACUGUCCAGCGGCGCGUGGGCCGCAGCCACUCUGUGCGGGCACCCGCGGCCACCGACAAGAACGUCAACCGGAGCCAGUCCUUUGCAGUGCGACCCCGGAAGAAGGGACCCCCGCCACCCCCACCCAAGCGCUCUAGCUCGGCCAUGGUCAGUGCAGACCUGUCCGAUGAACCGGCGCCGGAUGCUGAGGCUGAGGGGGCCGGGCCAGAUGAUGGCCGGCUGGGGGUGCGGGCACAGCGCCGGAGGGCUAGUGAUCUGGCGGGCAGCGUGGAAACAGGCAGCGCGGGCAGUGUGAAGAGCAUCGCGGCCAUGCUGGAGCUCUCCUCCAUCGGGGGUGGGGUCCGCGCGGCCCGGAGGCCACCAGAAGGCCACCCUACACCGCGGCCAGCCAGCCCCGAUCCGGGUCGUGUGGCCACUGUACUGGCCUCAGUAAAGCACAAGGAGGCCAUUGGGCCAGAUGGCGAGGUGGUCAGCCGGCGCCGCACACUCAGCGGGCCAGUCACCGGACUCCUAGCUACUGCCCGCCGGGGCUCCGGGGAGCCGGCAGCCCCCACCGAUCCUGGGCACUUUGGGGACGAUGGUGCCAGUCGGCAGCGGCCUCGCGGUCCAGCCAAAGGUGAGGCAGGCGGUGAGGGCCCACCCUUGGCCAGGGUGGAGGCCAGCGCCACUCUCAAGAGGCGCAUCCGGGCCAAGCAGAGCCAGCAGGAGAACGUCAAGUUCAUCCUGACCGAGUCUGACACGGUCAAGCGCAGGCCCAAGGCCAAGGAACGCGAGGCAGGCCCGGAGCCGUCCCCGCCGCUGUCCGUGUACCAGGACGGCGCGGGCACCCUGCGCCGCAGGCUGGGUUCCGAGCAGGUGGCGCCCCCAGACCUGCCCCCGCCGCCGCCGCCGGCGGAGCCUCCUCCUGCCGACCUGCUGCCGUUGCCCCCGCUGCCCCCGCCGGAGGGCGACGGCCGGAAGCCUGCCAAGCCUCCCGUCUCUCCCAAGCCCGUCCUGGCUCACCAGGUGCCCAAAGGCCAGGGUUCGCCCGCGCCCGCCUCCAAGAAGGUGCCACUGCCUGGCCCUGGCAGCCCAGAGGUGAAGCGCGCCCACGGCACGCCGCCGCCCGUGUCGCCCAAGCCGCCGCCGCCGCCCACCGCGCCCAAGCCGGCCAAGGCCCCCGCGGGGCUGCCGUCGGGCAGCGCCAGCCCGUCGCCCGCGCCCUCGCCGGCCCGCCAGCCGCCCGCCGCGCUCGCCAAGGCGGCCAGCACCCCGCCCUCGCUGAGCGCCAGCCCCGCCAAGCCCCCGUCCCCGGGCGCGCCCGCGCUGCACGUGCCCGCCAAGCCGCCGCGCGCCGCCGCGGCCGCCGCGCCCCCCGCCGCCCCCGACGGCGCCUCUCCCGGGGACAGCGCGCGCCAGAAGCUGGAGGAGACGAGCGCGUGCCUGGCGGCGGCGCUGCAGGCCGUGGAGGCGAAGAUCCGGCAGGAGGACGCGCAGGGCCCGCGCCCCGCGGCCCCCGAGGAGAAGAGCACGAGCAGCAUCCUGGACGACAUCGGCAGCAUGUUUGACGACCUGGCGGACCAGCUGGACGCCAUGCUGGAGUGAGCGGCGCCCCGCCCCGG